CAAGUGCAAGUGCAAGUGUCAAAUUUUUGUUUGUUUUAUAAUUAUUUGUUCCUUUCUUUCAUCAAAUUAACCAGUGUUGGCAGUGUUUACUAAGUCCUUGGCUGCUGAAUCACUAAAAUUUCUCAGUGACAUGUAGUUUACUAUGUUCAGAAAGUCUUUGUCGGCUUAUCUGUGGAAAAGUGCGCGUCUGUCAUAUCAGAAGAAAACAAAGGACUUUGUUCAGGACGAGACAUACUGAAGCUAGUGCCUUAAACAUUAUUACUGUACUUUACUUAUCUAGCAGAAGUUAGGAAUAGUUUCACUUUCGAUGUCCAUUUUAUGCACAGAAUGAACUACCUGGGUAAGUUUAUCAGCAACUUCCGAUAUGUGUACAAUGAGAUAAAUGGAGCAACUCUGACUGGAGCUAUUGAUGUAGUCGUUGUCGAACAACCGGACGGAACCUUCACCUGCUCCCCCUUCCACGUCCGGUUCGGAAAGAUUGGGGUGUUGAGGAGCAGGGAAAAAGUGGUUGAUAUAGAAAUUAAUGGAGAACCAGUUGAUAUUCAUAUGAAACUUGGAGAGUCUGGUGAGGCUUUCUUUGUUGAAGAAGUUUCAGCUGAUGAGUUGGGAGAUGACUCUAUUCCGCCACAUUUGGCUUGUUCGCCCAUUCCACGAGAGGGCAGUUUUCAUGAGCGGUACAUGCUCAAAGACAGCCCACUACUCGUGGACAACCUUUGGGACCGGCAAAUAAGCGAUGAAUUGAAUGAAGCAGAGGAACUGUUGAGAAAGGAAGGAGGUAUCGAGAUUGUUGGGACACCAAAGAUAGUUGUGGCCGGUGGCGGAAGUGUGGUGAAAACAUUCAAGGCAGAAACUGUAGAGUUAGAAUCUGUGUCUACGCGUAAACUUAGUGCAGCCAGUGCGGAGUUUAAACCCAUUGUCCAUGACAAAGACAGUUCUUCAGAGGCUUCAACCGAGUCUGUGCCGAACAAAGGUGCAGUUAUCGAGGUGAAGGAAGAAGAAACAGUACUGACGGAGCGGAUAUCUUCGUCUCUGCCCGGCAGCAAACGCAAGCGUAGGAAGAGGUCGAUAUUGAAGAAGAAGAACAAUAACAAUAAUAAUGGUCACCAGAGGAAGAACAAUGUGGAGCAGAUUGAAGCUGAGAAGAAAGAAGAUUGUGAGAUAUUCCAAAUGGAAGAUGUCGAUCUGAAAACGUCGACUCCUAACAGUCAAUCCAUCAUCAGCGUAGAUGUAGAAGACAACAACAUUGAGGAGUUGGCACGAGUUGAAGAACAUUUGAAAACUGAUAUUCACUUCUUUAGCGACACAGAAAUCACCCCAGGCUGCAGGGCUGUACGGGACACAACAGCGAGUGAUGGCUCGUUUCAUGUGAUCACUGCGUCCAGUAUCAUCACUGUUUUUCCGCACGACAAUCGACAGUUCACACCUGUACAGAGUGACACAGAGUUUGAGACCAAGCGGGGAAUAUCUGAGGGGGACGAAUGUACUGUGGGUGACACUACACACCAACAGUCCUGGAGAUGGGGCGAACUGCCUACAUCCACCCUGGACGAGAACAAGGAGGAAGCCCAGCGCUCCAUGCUGCAUAACAUGCUAGGCUUCAUGAAGAAGACAAAGCACAUCCGCCACAACUCACAGGAAGGAGUCUACUUGUCCGAUCUCAAUGUAGAGGAGUUGGAACCAGAGAUGGCUGCCCUGUACUUCCCUACCAACUACAAGCAGACUCACAACACACAAGAUUCCAAGCCAGUGAUGGACGAGGAUGCUGAGAGUGGCAAUGGCCCUUCUCUCCCCCACUCUCCCCACAGUGUGGAGGGGGCCAUCGGGGGACCCAAGUCUCUCGAUAGCGAUUUUGAGGAGCCCAAAAAGAUGGUUGGCGAGGUCGACAUGUCGCUGUGUGGAGGGCUAACAACCACGUCAACUCCUUCAGAAGAGGCAUUCCUUCAUCACAUUGUGACUUACGAUGAGUUUGUCGCCAACCCGACCCUCGUGAACAACCCUAACCUCGUGAUCCGAGUGGACGGCAAAAUGUACAACUGGCACGUCGCAGGGCCCAUCCUCAUGUCUGUGGCUGCCUUCCAGAAACCUCUACCUCAGGAGGUGGUGUCGAGCCUGUAUACAGAGUUGACGCCGCGUGGAGUAACAGACCAGAGGCGUGGCCGACGCAGUUACAGCUCAUGGUUCACAUGGGGUGUCCGCGCACAGAACCCUCAGCAGAAUGACCCCACUCUGCCUCCCAAUGAGCAGAACAUCUCCGUCACUGAUGGAACAACUGUAGAAGCCAAAGAGUCAGACAAAGAUCAGAAGGAAACUGAUGUGGAAGUCAAGCCACAGACCGAAGUGCAAGAGAAAGGUAUCCCAGGUGAAGAACAAUACCAAGGAUCUAAUUCCUCGGACUCCGAUUCAGACGUUGAUCCCAAAACAGCCAAGUCACAGUUGAAGAUAUCUCUGUCGAGGAAAAGCCUCAGCUCGGACAAGUAUCGGAAGACUCUGAGGCUGACGUCGGAGCAGAUUGCCAGCUUGAACCUGCGUGACGGAGCCAACGAGAUAGAGUUCAGCGUGACCACCGCGUACCAGGGCACAACCAGAUGCAAGUGCUUCCUCUUCAAGUGGCGUUACGAUGAUAAAAUUGUCGUAUCUGACAUUGACGGCACUAUCACUAAGUCAGAUGUGCUCGGUCACAUAUUGCCCAUCGUAGGCAAGGACUGGGCCCAGAGUGGAGUGGCUAAACUGUUCACCAAGAUCAAGGACAAUGGCUACAAGCUGCUCUACCUGUCCUCCAGAGCCAUUGGCCAGUCUAGGCUGACUAGGGAGUAUCUCAAGUCUAUCAAGCAGGAAGAUUUGUCCUUGCCUGAGGGACCAAUGUUGCUCAAUCCCACCAGCCUUAUCAGUGCUUUCCACACGGAAGUCAUUGAAAAGAAACCUGAGGAGUUUAAAAUCUCCUGCCUACGAGACGUUCAGGCUCUAUUCCCUCAAAAUUGCCAGCCAUUUUACGCUGGUUAUGGCAAUAGGAUAAAUGAUGUUUGGGCUUACCAAGCUGUAGGAAUUCCAAUAGUCAGGAUUUUUACAAUCAACCAACGAGGUGAAUUGAAGCAUGAGCUGACCCAAACGUUCCAAUCCUCGUACUCUAACAUGACGUACAUUGUGGACCAAAUGUUCCCGGCCAAGCACGGAGGUGGUGCACUACUAGAAGACUUCUCCCAGUUCAACUACUGGAGAGAACCCAUUCCAGAUGUGGAGCUCUCCACAAGCCUCGUCUAGAAUCUCAAGUCCCGCCUUUUGAUUUCGCUUGGUGUAGAUUGCCGUAUUUGUUACCAGUGACUCGAAUUAAUUAUAUGUGGUGCUAAUGAUACUAGUGCAUUUCUAUGUUUAUUCACAGUGCACUGUACUAAACCUAUUGUGAAGACUGUUCAGUUUUGUACAUUUAUUUUUUAUAUUAUCUUUGUGUUGUUGCUGUGUUGUAUGUAAUGCAAUUAAAUCAUUACUUAUAGAA